CCUCCUCCUUAUUUUCCACGAAAAUAUGCUCCUCCUUCUCCACCUUCCUCUUCUUCUCCGGCUCCAAUGCUUACCCCUCCUUCUCCGUCUUCAAAACACUCCCCUCCUCCGUCUCCACUACCACCUUCUACCUCUUCAGCUCCAGCAUCUCCUCCUCCUCCUCCUUCCUCCAAAGAAGCCUGCAAGUCUACACUGUACCCAAAACUCUGCCGCUCCAUUCUAAAAUCCAUUCGCUCGUCACCAUCCGAUCCAUACAACUUAGGGAAAUUCUCCAUCAAACAAAGCCUCAAAAAAGUCAAGAAGCUAGCAAAAGCGUUCGAUGACUUCCUCCACCACAAGUCGACUUCUUACCUCAACCAAGCCGAGAUCUCGGCUCUCGACGACUGCCGCGACCUCAACCAACUCAACGUAGACUACCUCCAAACCGUCUCCGACAACCUCAAAUCUGCGACCUCGUUAGACAGCAAUGGAAAUGAGGAAUUGGUGGAGGACAUCGAAACGUAUCUGAGUGCGGUGGCUACUAACCACUACACUUGCUAUGAUGGGUUGGUGGCGGCGAAGAGUAACAUCGCAGAUGCGCUGGCGGUGCCUCUGAACGAUGUGAAGCAACUGUAUAGUGUGUCGCUUGGGUUGGUUACGGAGGCUCUGAACAAGAAUAGGAAGAAGCAUAAGACAAGAAAGCAUGGUCUCCCUACUAAUGACUACAAAGUUAGACAGCCUCUCAAGAAGCUCAUUAAGUUUCUUCACACAACAAGUAAUAGUUGCAAAGAAUCAUCAUUCAAUUGUACAAGGAAAAGCGAAAGGAUUCUUGAAGAAAGCAAUAACAGCAAAGGAAUUCUACUGAACAGCUAUGUGAUUGUGAGCAUUGAUGGGACAGGGAACUUCACUUCCAUUGGAGACGCCAUUGCUUUUGCUCCGAACAAUUCAAGAGCAGAAGAUGGGUAUUUCCUUAUCUAUGUCACAGAAGGGUGCUACGAGGAAUAUGUCACUAUCCCCAAACAAAAGACUAACAUUUUGCUUGUUGGAGAUGGUAUCAAUAAGACUGUCAUCACAGGGAAUCAUAGUGUCAUUGAUGGUUGGACAACUUUCAAUUCUUCAACUUUUGCUGUUUCUGGAGAUAGAUUCAUGGCAGUAGAUAUUACAUUCAGAAACACAGCUGGCCCUGAGAAGCACCAAGCAGUAGCACUUAGAAGCAACGCUGACCUCUCCACCUUCUACCGAUGCAGUUUUGAAGGAUAUCAAGACACACUCUACGUUCACUCUCUAAGACAAUUUUACAGAGAAUGUGACAUCUAUGGAACGGUAGACUUCAUCUUUGGUAACGCCGCCGUAGUUUUCCAGAGCUGCAACAUCUAUGCAAGAAAGCCAAUGACUAACCAGAAAAACUCCGUCACGGCGCAAGGCCGGACGGAUCCAAACCAAAACACCGGAAUCUCAAUCCAAAAUUGCACCAUCCAGGCCGCCCCUGACUUGGCGGCCGACGUGGAAUCCACGCCGAAUUACUUAGGUAGGCCGUGGAAAGAGUACUCGAGGACGGUUUAUAUGCAGUCAUAUAUUGGUGCCUUGAUUAACCCUUCUGGAUGGUUAGAGUGGAAUGGGACCGUUGGGUUAGACACACUCUUCUAUGGUGAAUUUAAUAACUAUGGUCCUGGUGCUGGUACAAGUAACAGAGUAAAAUGGAAGGGUUACAACUUGUUGAAUGCUACUCAAGCUUGGAAUUUUACUGUUCUUAAUUUUACUUUGGGAGAUACAUGGCUUCCUUACACUGAUAUACCAUACACUGCAGGCCUAGAAGAUUAAUUAGAUUGCUAUCAUUUUACAUACUGAAUAUUGAAUUUGAUUUUUUAUUUGUUAUAUGCAAUAUGUAGACCUGUAGCAAUUGUGACGAGAAAUCAGAGUUAUCUUUUGAAAAAGG